UAUUCAAUAUACGCUUGCAAAAAAUACAAUCGGUUCCAAUUAUCACCUAUUAUCACAUGGCUUUUUUCAAAUACUUUGUAUAUAAAUACGAAUAUUUUCGAUUUAUUUAAGUAUAUUCAAAAAUACUCAAGUUGCAUCCACAACAAUGACCAGUAAAGUAUCGUUAGCACUUUUGUUCACCCUAUUUGUGUGGUCUUCGAUAGCAGUUCCAUUGAAACCUGAAGAUUCUACAACAGGGCUUCCUAAGGCAGAUCAACCUAAUCCUUCUCAACCUGAACACGAUGAUAAACUUCCAGUGCCUGGAGCACCUCAUCCACCUCCACCCCCAGCACCACCAGCACCUGAAAGACGUCCAGUUAGAGAUGUAGAACAACAAGAGCCAUCUCGUGUACGUAUACCACAAUUGGAAAACAAAGAAAAUACAGGGAAACCACAAGAAACCACAACAGAAAAACGAAAUAAACGUUCAGAUGAAUCAGAUUCGGAUGAGGAUGAGAGACGUAUUGAAAAUUUGAAGGACGAGCAACCCGAAACUAAAAAACGGCCGGCUCGAAAUACACCAUCCCAUGACGACCAUCAUCAAAAUCCACCUGCAACAAAUCAAGGUGGAACUACCGAAAAAAGCAGAAAAACACGUGAAGCUACUACAACGACGCAAAAGGUCCCUUCUCUUCUUCUUCAAACUACUACUGAAAAAGUGCGAAAAGUUCGAGAUGUUCAGUCACCAAAACCUAUUGGAAUAGCACCUUUACCUGCAAGAAUUGAUGACAAUCAAUCAUCUCAACACAAGGAUUCUUCAUGGACUACUUCAAAACCAUAAAUAAUUACAGAAAAUUGAUUUAAGCCCGAAAAAGGAAAAGAAACUUGAAUAAUGAGAUAAUUUACUUUUGUUAAAUAUAAAUAUUAUAUAAUAUUGUUAUUUCUAUAAACCCUGAAAAUUGCAGGAAAAAUGUAUAUUUACACAAAAAAAAAAG